UAUUUUAUGUUUAAGAUGAAAUAGUUGAGGGAUACGUGCACUGAAGUCUGUUUCAUAGAUGAGACAUGGGAAGGCUCAAUAAGUUCCGCUGCUACCGGAAUUUUUCAUUUCAUAAAUAUCAUUUAGUCUUUUAAACAUAAAAAACUGCUUAGAAUUUUCAAUCCAAAUUUCCAACAUUUCUUCAUUUUUUUGAUUUUUAGCUACAUUGAUUAUUUCUUCAUUUGUUGUUCUUGUAAAAUCAUAGUAAUGUUGCUAGGUAAGAAGAAGAAGAAGGGAAAUUGUUUUCAAGUCGACUACAUUGUAAGUGUACUUGAGAUCAAGCCUUGGCCGCCUUCAGUUGCAUUAUGUUCUGUACAAACUGUGUUAAUCCAAUGGGAAAAUGGUGAGCUAAAUUCCGGGUUUUUACCUCCUGGUGUGCCUUCCCUUAAUGGUUUCGAAGAUGGGAAAAUCGAGUUCAACGAGUUCUUUAAACUUCCGGUCACAUUAACGAGCAAAGACAAUUAUAACAAUCAUAAUCAUGGUUUUCAGAAGAAUAACUUGGAGUUUCACUUGUAUGAACCAAAAAAGGAUAAAGCUGUAAAAGGUCAACUUUUAGGUACUGCUGUUAUUAACCUUGCAGAAUUUGGGAUCAUCAGAGAUGUUCAGGCAAUGACAGCACCAAUCGUUAUUACUAAAAAGGUUUCGAAAGGUGCUAAUGCUCUGCCUCUCCUUUAUGUUCAGAUUCAGCCUUUUGAUAAUGAAGGGAUUGAGUCUGUGUUACGAAUGAUGAGCGAGCAAGGUGAUGAUAAUGAAUCCGAGCCUGCUUCUGUCACUGAUGAUGAUGGGUAUGUGUCUGCUAUUUCGAGGACUUCGAGUUUUCGUGCAGGGAAUUCGUCUUCUCGGAUGGAUGAAAUGCUUAACUUUGUCAAUGUGGGUCUGAAUUCGGAGCUAGGGUGUGCUGCAGAGUUACAUGAUAAUGAUGAAGGAAGAACAAGGAGUUUGAUAGAGAAAAAGGAAUACGCGCAUAGUGGGGAAGAUGAUUGGGCCUAUGGAAGGAAGAGCUUAGAAAGCAAUACUAAUGUGUUUGGCAAAUUCUCAGAAGUGGCUACAACAAGAAAACAGACCUCAAGAAGUAUUAGCACUCUAAAAUUUGGGAAAAAGGGGCUUGAUCUGCAAGGUUUUGGUGAUAAAUUGAAGCACAUAAAAUCUAUCAGACUUCCGACGGAUUCUCCAAGGUCCAAUGGUCCUCCUAUUCCUUUGCAUUUAUUUGACAGGGAAAAGGAAGAGAGUUCUGUAAAGGAGGUACAAGUUGAUACCAAAAGUCAGGGAAAAAGUGACAAGAAAGAAAAGAAGAAUGUAAAACCUGAUAAUAGACCUGAACUCGAGUCUAAAAUUAAGAUGCUCGAGGAAGAGUUGAGAGAAGCUGCUGCACUUGAGAUUGGACUGUAUUCAGUGAUAGCCGAGCAUUUGAACUCCAAAAGGAAGGUCCAUGCACCGGCUAGAAGGCUUGCAAGGUUUUAUCGUCAUGUCUGCAGAAUGGAAUCACAAACUAACAGAGCAAGUUCUGCUAGAACAAUAGUUUCAGGAGUUGUUAUGGUUUCUAAGGCUUGUGGAAAUGAUGUCACAAGGCUGACUUUUUGGUUAUCAAACACGAUAAUACUAAGAUCUAUGGUGAGCCAAGUAACUGAAGAUAUCCCUUCUCUCCCUGAACCAAUUCGCACUGAUACUAAAUCUGGAAGAAAGAAGUCGGAGAAAAAAUCUUCCUCGAAUGACUCGAUAGAUAGCUUGGGUGAUUGGGAAGAUCCACACACGUUCAUCAUGGCAUUAGAGAAGGUCGAAGCUUGGAUCUUCUUUCGCAUUGUUGAGGGCAUAUGGUGGCAGAGUUUUAUUCCCCAUAUGCAGCCAGCGAAAAAGAAGAAAAAGGGAAAGAGGCUGACCUCAAGGAAAACUCAGAGAUGGAAAUUUGGUUUGGGGGAUCAAGAACAAGGAAAUUUUUCCAUAGAGCUCUGGAAGAAAGCUUUUCACGAUGCUUGUGAGCGGCUUUGUCCCAUUCGAGCUGGAGGUCAUGAUUGUGGUUGCUUGCCGAUGUUGUCAAAAAUGGUAAUGGAGCAUUUGGUGGAUAGGCUAGAUGUAGCAAUGUUUAAUGCCAUUCUUCGUGACUCGGAAGAGAUGCCAACAGAUCCAAUGUCAGACCCAAUCACUGAACUUAAAGUCCUCCCUAUUCCUGCAGGGAAAUCAAGUUUUGGUGCUGGGGCUCAACUGAAAAAUGCUGUUGGAAGCUGGUCGAAAUGGCUCAGUGAUUAUUUUGGUCUUGAAGAAGAUCACCCGUCAAAGGAUCAGGAUGAAUCCAAUGAAGAAGAUGCCAUCAAGGCUUUCCAUCUCCUUAACGCAUUGGGUGAUCUUAUGAGGCUUCCCCUUGGAAUGCUUGCUGAUGCCACCACAAGGAAGGAGGUAUGUCCAAUAUUUGGCGGAACUCUUCUCAAAAGGGUCUUCACCAAUUUUGAACCGGAUGAUUUCUCUCCGGAUCCCAUUUCAGUGGAGGUUCUUGAGGCUUUUGUAUCUGAGGAUCCUCAUGAGACUACAAAUGAUUAUAUUAUAAGCUUCCCUUGUGCUGCAAAACCAGUUGAAUACUCACCUCUUCCAGCUGCAUUGUUCUCGAGUUUGUUAGGAGAAACUCAGAAGAGAAGCGGGUCGUCAUUACUAAGAAAAGCACAUAACAGUGAUGAUGAGCUGGACAAGCUGAGUGGUACCACUAGCUUUGAUCAAUGUUCAGAACAUUUGCAUUGAAUCUGCCUCGUCGAAACCUAACUGGAUGCCCAAGGGGAAAUGUGGCAGGGAUGUCGUCAGGUAUAAACUCUUGCAGGAAGCAUGGAGAAAUGGCUCCUGAUACUAUCAUGCUAACCUCUGCAGCGAGAGGGAACCGUGAAAACAUUCUCCAUUUUCAAUCUAAUUUGAAAUUUGUUUGAUGCUUAAACAUAUUAAGUGGAGGAUCAAUUCUCCGAAUGGAUGCAACCACUCUUGUUAAGUUAAAUCAAGCAAGACAACGCAGAUUUUCUAACAACUGAUCUGCAAGAUUUUAAAAGUGUUAGUCUACAAAAAAAAAAAGUUGAUCCAGGGUCACAACUACUUCCAGUGUCUAAUUAUUGUACUUCCUUGAAAAUGCCCAAAACUAUGUGGUAGACAACUUAAAGCAAAAGUUCUAUCUAUCUAGCUCAAUGAAAAAUCACUCCCACGUAUCAAAAUUAGGGUAUAAACAAGGAAUUUUGGUAUUUUAUCGACGAAAAAGGAGGGUAGAUAUGGAAUACAUGAUACAUCACUUAGAUUGUAUUUUCUUACCCAAUCCCCGGGAUGAACUAGGAAUUCCCAAUUGUGCUCGUUUAUAUAGGGCUAAACCCACAAGCUCUGUUACUUCUGUAUUUAUCCAAGUUUCAACCAAAUAAUUGGCCCAAGUUUUAUAUUCUAUAUAAUGCUUUUUCUUUUUCUUUUUAAGUAACUACUGUCAAAA